UAAUGAUCUGAAAAUUUUUGCAUCUGAUCAUAUUCAAAGACUAAGAAACUCACCACGACAAAACGGAACCAACUCUAUUCUUUUAUUUUAUGCAACUUUACCAAGCGGUAAUGGAACUGUGCCACGAUCCAUCUUAGCCACAAUUUUCGUGAAACAGCAAGAAAGGAUUUUCUCUGUUGAUAGCUUGUUGGAAAAUUCAAAAGAAAGUGUAGCAUCUGGUGAACGUCAAGUGCUUACUCUUGCACAAAAUCUCAAUACAGUACCAAUAGCACUAAUAAACUUUCCAGUUGCAAAGGUGAGUGAAGAUUAUAAUUCUGCUUAUGCUGAUAUCUUAGAUGUAAAGUUUCUGUUGAGUUAAUGUAAGCAAAUUCAACAUGUGUGGAAAUUUGUAGCCAAAUUACGACGGUUGCGCCGUGAUUUAAUUUGCGGCUAAUUUUAAUCUGCCUCUAAGAUUAACUGAAUCAUUCCCUUUACGGUUUUAUUCGGCCGAUUUGUGUAGGAAGACACCUUUUUAUAUUUCUUUAAAUCAUUGGUCCAUGUCUGCUAUGAGUUUUUGGCCUCAAAAGGCUAUAAGAACUUAAAACCCGGGACGGUCGGUGGCGCAUUUUUCAUAGUUGGUUACCAUAUUGUAAUCCAAUUCAUCCGUCCUGUUGUAUGCGAAAAAUUUUGAAUAUUACGUAAUUAUGAAUAUUCUCAAAUUUAACCUGUACCACAGUAAUUAAAUAUUAGUUAGUUUAACAUAUCCUUUCUUUGAUAGUUCACAUCCUUGGAAGAGUUGGAUAUUAAGGUGACAAUAGCCAGAAGGAUGAACAUAUUCUGCUUCAGUACAGCUGAAAAUACAUGUAACAUUGCAAUAACUUCGUAAGUUCAUAUUUACCGAGAUUCAACUCAUUGUAUUGGAAUUUGUUGAUACUAUAAAGUAGGUAUACAAAAAUAUGUUUCAGGGACAGUGUCGUACAAUAUUCUCUCCUCCACAGAAACUUGGUACUGUUCGUCCUAGACGUUUUUUUGUAUUUAGGUUAAGGCGCUACAGGGUGAUAAAGGCUCCAAGGGACAUUAUUCUCUACCGUUUUUCACCUAUAUUUUUUCGUGUUCCCCGAUUACCAUAUAGCGCCUUAUUACCCAUAUAGCGCUCUUCCAUAAAUGCCACGAAAGUCCAGAAAGCAUGUUAGAAAGCCUCUGGCGUGAAGGGAGCUAGGUACGAUAUCUAUACCACUUGAACGAACAGUAGACAACGGUAUCAACCAGCACUGAGUUUUUCAAGCUUGAUGGCAUUGUUUGUUGACGCAUGGUCAACCCUGAGUAAGUGUAGUAUUUUAAAGUUCCCUGUAUUAACUGUAAGGUGCAUAUUCGCAUUUUUUAGUAUUUCAAGCAUUUUUGGAAGGGCUAAAAAGUCACUAUCUAUUAAUAGAUUGAGCUAUUUGGCCCCGCUCCGCUCCCCUGUGCAUUAUGAUUUUUACUUUAAAUGCAAUAUUUUACGGAGGCUGAAAGCUGGGAUUUCUAAGUGACCUUUUUUUCGAAAUAGCUAUAGCGUAAACCUUCUUUUAAGCUAUCAUUUCAAACAAUCCUCUAUUAUAUAUGUAAAAGAUACUUCCUUUCUUACCUUUUAAGUCACUUUUCUAUUCAUCUCUAUUCCCCAAUAACCUACCUCAAUCGUGAAGCUGAAAUAAAUAUCUCCAGCCUGAAAGAUUUAGCAUAUAAAUAUGUAUUAUGUUAUAUUAUGUGGGAAUGACUAAGCUAGCUUUAACUUACAAGUGUGGUAGAUAGCUUAACGGAGGCGAGUAUUUAGGUUGUCUUAAGCCUUUUCUAACUAUUUGUAUUUAUUUUAAGGUUGAGAAGGAAACGAGAUGUGAGGUAAGUGCAUGCAUAGAAAUUGUAAAUAAGUAUAUAUUAAUAUAUAAUUGCGUAUUAAUUAUAUAGUCCUAUAUUAUUUCGUGUAAGAUUCAUUAGUCUCUUUCGCAUUAAAGUGCCUAUGUUAUCACCAGGAAAUUGGUGUAUUUCGAUUAUUUUGGUUAUUCUAAGAGUUUUUGUAAUGUAUUUUAUAAUUCAAGAAUUUGAUCUUCAUAGACAUUUUGGCGCUGAAAGCUGGCAAUUUUUCGUAUAAUGAUGAGCCUAAUAAUACUGGGACGAGAAUGCCGUUCAGUGCCGGCGUCACGUCAUUUUGAGAACGUGUCAAAACAAAAUACGUAUGAUUUACUAUGCUUUCUUUAUAAAAUCGAGUAUAAAUUGGAUGAGCCUGGAAAUUUCUUUGGUAUUUCGAUUGAAUUUUAAGUGGAACUAUAUCAUUAAUCUUCGGUUAUCCUACUGAAAUAUAAAAUAUAUAAAAAAAGAACUCUUAGAAUAUCCUAAAUAAUCGAAACACAUCAAUUCCCUAACCCACGUCAUAGGCACUUUAAUAUGUGAAACAACACCAUGUUUUUUUCGCCAGGAGUUUUUUCCACAAUUCUCCGGUGAGGGAAUGUAUGGAGUUGCACCAGAGAAAAGUGACGUAACAAUGA